UUAUUUCAGUGCACCGAAUAUUGAUUUGAGAGCCUAUUGUGUACACAGCAUUCUGUUAGAAAUGUACUUACAUGGGUCCUGGAAAGAAGCUUUUAUAAAACAUCUACCACAUAUGUUUACUUUACUAAAAGAUGUAGCCACAGACAGUGACAUUAAACUAAGAGAAAAUUGUUUAACAAAAGAACAUAGUGAUAAGGAAUGGUUCAGGAACUCCGAAAAGAUCGUCAAUAUAUUAAAAGGAAAAAGGGCAAUCAUUUAAACUGUUUGACAGUGUUUUUGUUAGUGUUUUUAUUAGAUUACCUGAGCACAAAUUGCUUCAAGGUUAGCUUUUGUGAUGGCAAUGGCCGUCCUCCGUCUUAUCCACAAUUUUUAGCGUAUCUGUUUCUUAAAAAUUUAAAGAAGUAGAGCUUAAUUAUGAUUGGCAUGUGUCAUGCAAAAACUGAAACCUAUUAUGCAAACAUUUUAAAUCCUUUCAACAUUAUAUUGGAAUACCUGUUUAUCAUGGCAAGGUGCUGUUGUUGAACGAGGGGCAUAACUCUGAAAGCUUUGUGACCAUUUUUGCAUUUUGUCAAAAUUAGAUAUCAAUAGUUUUUGCCCUUAACAGAUAAGCAUUACUACUGCAUGCAG